AUGGGCGACCCUUUCGUGCGCCCGGGGCUGACGUAUCAGCCACACAUUGAGCAGGUGUUGCUUCGAAAUGAGGGAACCCUGACGCUGGAAAGCAGCAAGGAUGACUGGCUACGGUAUCAGCACCGCGACACGCUGGCAAGUCUCAUAUUACAUCGUGACCGUCUGGAGUAUCUUUCGCUGGUGGAGAACGUGGCACCGGCGCGCAUGGAGCGUAUUCUCUUGGAGCGUGCCGUAGACCCCAUUCGAAAGAGGGGGCGGUCCAACACUUGA